CUUCGGAUAUCCCCAACUAAGUCUCGGGGUCUGUCGCACAACAAUUAUCCCGUUGAGUAGCAUUCUUAUAUAAAAGUCGAUAACCACAGCCCGUUCCAAACAUGGGCGCUUCGAACGAUAAGUGGAUUCGCAACGCUUUGAUUCGAACAAAUAUUGCUAUAACACAACGAGAAGUUCGCGAGAGAAGCAACUGGUAUAACAGCCCUCGUGUCGUGAUUCGCAAGAAGUCGGGCAAAGUCGUCGUGACACGCCUCGGCACCGCUAGAAAUUACGCCGCAGACAGCGGAUUCCUCGUAAUCCCUUAGACUCCUCACCAUGUCGCCCCACAAGGUCGAUGGCGGCUCUGCCGAAGAAGCUGCCGCCCCUUCAUCCUCGUCCUCUCCGCUGUCGCGCCAUUGGAGCAUGGGCGCUGAGGCGUUCUCGCGCCGUAUGCCGCAUCAUGACGGUAUCAAGGCCUUAUGGGAAACCAAGUGGAAGUUUCCGUGCACCAAGUCCGUGUAUCCCUUCCACGACGGUCAAUUUGAGGAUUUCGAGCCUAUUUUCAAUCAUCUAAUUGAAAAGGAUAUCAAUGAUGGCACAUCCAUCGAGUACACGCGGGCGUUUAUGCCCGUAGCCCAGGCGCUCGAUACGAAGGGUGAUGAGGCUACAAAGGAUGGAGAAAAGGAAAAAGCCAGUGACUUGUAUUUGCGGGCAGCGUGCAUCUUGCGUAUUGCCAGGUUUCCGUACAUCACUUCGUUUCCUGAAAUCAGCUGUUCUGAGAAAUGGAAGGCUUGGGAGUUUCAGAAGCAGGUUUAUGCUAAGGCGGGGAAGUGGUGGACGUCGCCGCUACAGGAGGUGGAUAUACCCCAUGCCCACAAAAAGGGGGCAGACCGAGAUUCAAUCCCUGUUUAUGUUCGUGUGCCGGAGAAGAUGAAUGGGAAGAAAUGUCCGGCUGUUCUACUUCUGACUGGGCUGGACGGUUAUCGCCCAGACAACACCCUCCGCUGUGAAGAGUUUCUCGCCCGGGGCUGGGCAGCCGUCAUAGCGGAGAUUCCGGGGACGGCCGACUGCCCGGCGGAUCCGGCGGACCCGGAAAGUCCAGACAGACUGUGGGACAGCGUUUUUGAGUGGAUGGGCAAGGACGGUCGUUUCGACAUGUCUCAUUUGAUGUGCUGGGGUCUCAGCUCCGGAGGUUAUUACGCAAUACGCAUCGCCCAUACUCAUAAGGACCGGCUUCGUGGCUGUGUUGCUCACGGAGCUGGGUGUCAUUACUUCUUCGACCGUCAGUGGUUGGAGAAAGCUGAUGGACACGAGUACCCCUUCCAGCUCACGCCGGCUUUGGCGAUGAAGCACGGGUACAAGAGCGUCGAGGAGUAUAUGGAUGGCGCGCAGGCAAAGUUCUCCCUACUUGAGGGGGGGAUUAUCCAGAAGCCUUCGUGCAGACUUCUGUUGAUUAACGGUACUCAUGAUGGGCUGAUGCCAAUUGAGGACUCUACGAUGCUUUUCGAGUACGGCUCCCCAAAGGAAGCCAGAUUUUACUCGAACGCUCUACACAUGGGAUAUCCGAUGGCCAAUGCGUCGGUAUACCCCUGGAUGGAAUCGGUAAUGGGAACCUUGAAGGAUGUGAGAACAUUGGAAAAGUCCACUACUUGAAUAGUCUCAUCCAAUGUAUUUGUUUCUGGCACAUCUCAGUUCUGAAAGCAUCAAU